AUGGGCAAGCGACAUGCUGUGGACAGCGAAACUCACCAGUACGAAACUCCCCAGAAACGGCAGAAGGUGGCCUUCGAAACGCCCACCAGCUGCAGUCCGGCGUUGAAUGUUAGCUUCACCCUCACCAGGGAGUUUGUCGAUGGCACCAUUCUGACGGAUUUGACGCUCAAGGACUGGCGCAUCGGGAAGCCGAUUGGUAAAGGCAGCUUUGGGGAGAUCUUUCUCGCGUCGGAUGACGUCUUCAAGCCGGUCACUAGUGAAAAUGCCAAGUACGUGGUUAAAAUCGAACCCCACUCCAAUGGGCCACUGUUUGUGGAGAUUCACGCGCUGCUCAAUACGGCUAAGCGAUCAGAAACCAAUCCCAUUCCACCGGGCAUGCCGGAGUACAUCGCCUCCGGUUCGCACUACUUCAAGAACGAACGCUAUCGUUUCCUGAUCCUGAAACGCUACCAACGGGAUCUGCACUCGCUGAUCAAGAACAAACGGGUCGAUCCGAAAAGUAUUCCCAUCGUCGCUUGCCAGAUUUUGGAUGUCCUGGAGCACCUGCACGACAAGGGCUACGUCCAUUCGGACAUCAAAGCGGAGAAUUUGAUGAUCGGGAAGGUUCCCGUUUCGGAGCUGGCCAAUGUCAUGAGUGCAAAGCUGACCAACAGCUACUGUGCAAACAACAGUGAAAAAUCGCCAAAUAAAAAGAAGACUGCAGCUGCCGGCGCGGAUUACUCUGGGUUUCUUUCGACACCGACGGUUAUGGUGAAGAAAUCUGUAGAAUUUAGCGGAUCGAAUCCGGUUCGAUCCUGUCGGGGCAGCGGGGCGGCCGAUUCCGAAACCUACCAGAACAUGGUCAAGUCCCAUUAUCUACGACCGUUGAAGAACAUUGUCUACCGGGACGAUAGCGACGAUGAGGAUUUGAAGAAUAGCAAGAAAAAGCGCAAGUGGAAGACGGAUGGGGACAGCAGCAAAUCGUUCUUCUAUCACAUUACGACCAAGAAUAUGGGCGAAAAUUUCAAGCAGAUCGAUGUGCAGAUCAGUCGUAAAGGGACGGCAUUUAAGGUGGAAGCCAAGGUGGCGGCGUGCGAUAGGGAGGAGGACCACAAGAAGAAACGCAGCAAGCAGGGCGGUGUUGGUCCCUUGGAGGAACGGAUCCACCUGAUUGAUUUUGGCCUGGCGUCGAAGUUCAUCGACAGUGCCGGUCAGCAUAGGCCGUUCUGCAUGGACCAACGUCGGGCCCACGAUGGAACACUGGAGUUCACUUCGAGGGAUGCGCACAUGGGUGCGCAUGCGAGGCGAAGUGAUUUGGAGUGUUUAGGUUACAAUCUCAUCUUCUGGAGCCGCGGGUUCCUCCCAUGGAAGGACGAAAAGAUGCUCAACCAACCGGAGCAGGUGCACCGUAUGAAGGAGUACUUUAUGACCGACGUCCGCGAGAUGCUGAAAACCAUCUACGGCGAGGACUGUCCCAAAUACCUGGGCGAAUUCCUGCACUACGUCGGUGGUCUAACGUACGACGAGCGGCCGGACUACGACUACCUUAGGUCGCUCUUCUUCCAGGAACUGCAACGGAUCGGCUACAAACCGAAAGCCCAUCUCAAGCUGAUCGUGGAGGACAUCGCCAAACUCAGCCAAAGGUUGACCGGACAGGACGAAGCGGAAAUCACCAACAAAAUCAAUCACGUCAAAUCGUUAAUGAAGCUGGGCGUCCUCCCGUAUCGCGAAAGUACGUUGCACAACAAGACAACUUCGCCGAAAAAUCUCCGCUCCAAGCGGGACAGCACCCGAACGCCCGCCAAUGGGAAAACGAACGGCACCACGGCGAAGAAGGAGAAGAAGUUUUGCUGGUCCGAGAUCCUCAGCACCGACCCGGACCAGAUUGCGCGGGAGCGGGCGGAGAAGGAAUUCGAGCGGGCUGAUCAGAUGGAAGAGGUUGUGAUUAGGUACAGCGGCAAUCCGACGUACGCGAUACGGGAGCUGGAGAACAAGAAGGAGAACCCUAUGGAAUACAUGGAGAGCGAAGACUACAUCAAAGGGUACACCAAACCGAUGAUGGAUAUCCUGAGGAAGCGGCAAUCGCAACUCAUGAAGGAUAUCAACGGCGCGAGCGGGUUGACCAACGAAGUGAAGGAACCGCCCGAUGACAAAGAGGACGAGGAAGAUGAGCAACAGGAAGAAGAUGAUGAGGAGGAAGUAGAAGAAAAUGGUAGUGAGAGUGAAGAAGAAGACGAAGAUGAGGAAGAAGUGACAUUGCAAGAAGAUGAGGAUGAGGAAGAAGAAGAAGAAGAAGAUGCAGUGGAAGCGGAUUCCGGUAACGACGACGUGGAUGGCGAAGAAGAAGAGGAAGAAGAGCAGAUCCAUGAUAGGAGAAAAUUAACUCAGGGUAAAAAGCAGGUAUCACGAAAGUUGGGUCGAACGACCAAAGCCGCCGCGAUUAGUAGAAAAGAAGAAAGUGAUAGUGAUUUUAUUAAUGAUGCCGAAGAGGAAGAUGAGGAAACCCUACGUGCGAAUGAGCAGGAGCUGAAGGACGACGAGGACGGAGCCGCGUCGGAAGCUUCGGAAGUGAUAGGCAAACCACGCAGCGGUCGCAGACGAACCUUGCCCUCGGAGAGCAGCGACCAGAAGGAUAGUGAUUUUAACGAUCAGGAAAGCUCGGAGUACGAAAGCCGAGAAUCGCGUGGUCCACCGAGACCACGCGGUCGACCAAGACUGAACCGGGAUCGGCCAAAGGCCGGAAAACUCUACUCAAAAGCCAACGCCGGCAACAACACAAAAGUUCCUGUGAUAGCCAGAAAUAACAAUAAUAAUAAUAACAACCACCACCACCACAAGCCGUAUUACGGAGACGUGGAUUAUUCCUCCCACGAAGCUCCUCUGCAGCAGCAGCAGCAACAGCACCACCAGGAUCAGCAGCAGCAAUAUCGGCUAAUGAAGCGUCGUAAGUCCGGCCUUCGGGAACGGAUACGACCGACCGCUCGCAGCAUUACGUACCAGGAUGAUCUGCAGCAGAAACGAUCCCGCAAAUCGUCCCAAAAGCGGUACAGUGACGACGAAGACUACUGCCAAGUGGACGAAUCUUCCUGCAGUUCAAGUCAUUCGGCAACCUCGGUCGCGUCCGCAAGUACGGUGGUGAGCGUUGCUUCGGAUUAUUCCGACUGCUCACCUAAUGCAACUCCGAAGCGUAAAUCAUCCCGGAAACGGGUGAUACGAACCUUCUCCAACAGCAGCCGCUCGGUCCUGUCCUCCAAUUCACGUUCCUCUUCCCUACACAACGGAGCGGCAGCAGUCAAUGGCACUGUCGCAGCAACCAACGGCCACGGAAUCUACUCCGGUCGGCGAGUAUAUCCGGACGAUGAGGAUGACUUCUUCGACGAUGAUGACACCCGGGACAUGGACUACAGUCCGGUGAAAUCGAAACGUACGCGGAAGCCAACCAGCUCCCGCAAGACUAUCACCUCGAUGAAGAAGAGAAACGGCGAAAGCAGAGGAGCAGCAGCAGGAGGUUCAGCGGCAACUUCAGCCACCGCCGCCGGGCCUAUUGCCGUCGCCGCCAAAAGGGGUGUCGUUGCUGGCCUACGGGGCAGACGUGAUCACGCGAUUCGUACCUACAGUCGGGGGUAGUUAGCGGCGACGGAUCGUCACCAUUGCCAACGCCAUCACCACCGCCAGUACCGAAAAUCGAAGGAACUUCGUGAGUCACGCAAGACCUGUCAUCUGAGGUGCGGCACUGCUGAGCGGCGAUCUUCCGACUCGGUCCCGGUUAAGAUGGAGCGACGAAACUACUAUUGCUUCCGCGGGAAGAAGACCACCAGGUACAUGAUGUAAGUGUGUAUGUAUUAGCGAUCUUUUUUUUAAUUAAUUAAAACUCGUGCGCGUAUAGGACUACGUUUUUACGUUUUAAUCAUUAGCAAAAUACGCAGAGAUUAUAACCAAAAUGCACACACACGCACUAGCGAAACGUUGUUGGCUAGUGCCAGUUGCUCUGGUA